AUGGUGUCGCGUAUUGUGGUUCUUUGUAUGGUAGUGGGAUUGGCGUGUGGCGCCACAUGGAUAUCACAGCAACCUGUCAAACCGCCAGAGCAUGCCCACAAAGAGGGAUGUUACAUAGAAGAAAUCGAUGAUGUUAUACCAUAUGGUCAGGAUGUUUCUCCCAUUGGCGUGUGCUAUCGGAUAGAAUGCUCAGGCUAUCAACUCAGCUACGCUUCAUGUGGUGUUGUUCUCACAGAAGAUCCAAAUUGUUACAAAACUGAAACAGAUCUUAAAAGACCCUACCCAGAGUGUUGCCCGGAUAUCAAAUGUGAAGUUGAAAAUAAAAUAUAG